ACGUUGCAGUUAGCCGCUAGGUAGUUUUACGACGGGCAGCAGUCGCUUUGCGUCUUAUGUAACUAACGGCCCGAGCGCCGUCGGCAAGGAGAGAGGGAGCUGCUGAAUGAGAGCGAGCGAGCGAGAGCGAGGGAGGGAGAGAGAGGAGCGGCACCACCACCGAAUUCACAUGGCAAUUUACAUUUAAGGUUCUUACGGUGAUGGUCGACACUGACAACCGCGACAGAGGACCUAAACCAGCACCCGAAAACGAACGGGGAAAAAGAUUGGUCAGCGAGACGCAUCGUACGUCUACGACACACGCGAUCAGACUCUAAGCCGCGUUGCCCAGCUGUAAGGCGUUAAAGGAGCGGCGCCGGGCCAAAGGUCCCCAAACGCUUCUUAAACAAAAGUUCUAAGGCGCCCAAAAGGUUUUCGCUCCCAAGUUUCACGGACCUGUGUGGAGUUACGUGGACCCGAUAAAGAAAUGGAGGGAUAUUAGUUUGGGCCUCGACGCCUGUUUUCUGCUUCCCCAUUAACUGCGUGGAGUACCGGGGGCCGGUGGCCGAACUGUUGGCCGCCGCUGGACGGCGCGGCGCGGAGCGGCCGGGGUCCAAUCAGAGCGCUGCAGCAGAGCUGAUGCCAAAGCCGGGAGUCAGCCAUGAUGUUUUUAUAACCUGAUGAUCAGCAGAGAGAUGGUGAGGAAGAAGAAUCCCCCUAUCCGGAGUGUAGGAGGAGAGGAGGAGGAGGAGGAGGAAGAGGGGAGGAGGCCAGCGGGAGAAGAGGAAGAGGAGGGAGAGGAGGAGGGGAGAGUCGGAGCGGAGGCCGAACGAAUAAACCGUCCCUCUGAACCAGAAUCCUCUGACCGGAUCAGGGGCGAUGAGGAGCAGCAGGAGGAGGAGGGCGAGAGCGAGUGCGCAUCCUCAUCCAUCUCUCCCUUGUCUGUUGGGGAGGCCUACAGCAACGAGGAGCGAAGGGGGAGGAGAGAGAGAAGGGGAAGAGCCAACCACGGGGGAGCGGCGUUAAGUGACAGACUCGAGAGCCACUCGGAGGUCGAGGACGGUGAGAAGGGGUCAGAUGAAGGAGAGAGGAGGGAAAGAGGCCGAGGGGAGGCAGAUCACCUCGCUGCUCAUCUCCUCUCCGGCCCCCACCACCUCCCCCGACAGGAAGCAGGGGAGGAGUCGACAACUGACACCCCGCCACUUUCUUCCAGCCCCUCUCCUAAACUGCAGGACUUCAAGUGCAACGUGUGCGGCUACGGUUACUAUGGGAACGACCCCGCCGACCUGGUGAAGCACUUUAGGAAGUAUCAUCUGGGCCUGCACAAUCGCACACGGCAGGAUGCCGCCCUGGACACGCACAUCCUGGCCCUCCACAACAUGGCUCCCCAAAACACGCCUCUAGAUGUACAGGCCGGACAGGGGCAGAGGAACCAAGCCAAAGAGUCGUGGAAGACCAGACCAGAUGUGCACAUUCAACAGCAUAGGGCCGUCAUGAUGAACGGCACAUAUGACGUACAGGUGACGCUGGGGGGGACGCUGAUUGGGAUUGGCCGGAAGACCUCUGAUUGCCAGGGGAACACCAAGUACUUUCGCUGCAAAUUCUGCAACUUCACGUACAUGGGCAGUAAUUCGUUAGAACUCGAACAACACUUCAUGUCCUCGCAUCCAAAUAAAGUGAAAAGCCCCUCGACCACGCCCCAGCUGGCCACCAAUAACCUGGCAAUGCACGACAACCAGGGGAAGGGAGGGGGUCUGAUCCUGGACGGGGCGGAGAGAGUGGCGGUGCGAGCGGACGAUGACUCUUUGGUCGGUUACUCCAUCCCGGUCAGGGGGUCCCCAGAUUCCUCGAGCUGGACUGGGGAGCCCGCUCGGGACGCUGUGCAGACGUAUUAUUGGUGCAAAUGCUGCAGCUGGAGCUGUGAGGGGUCGGGAGGCUCGGCGAAGCUUUUAGAGCACUAUGAACAAAGACACCGGAUGACCGCGGGGGGUACGGUGAGCCCCGGCCACUCUACGCCUAGGGCGGUGGACGGAGAGAGGGAGAGAGGGGGGAGACAGGAUGGGGGAGAGAGAAGCCGAAUGUCAUCCAAAAGCCGCAAAGAUCCGUCGUCCAACACAUCCAGCACCAGCCAAGGAGACCCCAACAGCAGUGAUUCAGAAGCAGUCGUGACCAGUUACAACUGUCAGCUGUGUGACUUCCGAUACUCGAUGGCCCACAGUGCAGAUGUGAUCGUGGUAGCACCUUUGCUCCUGCACUACCAGCACAACCACUCCAUCCACAGAUGCUGCAUCCAGCACUGCAUGUACUGUCCGCAGGGCCUCUGUCAGCCACACAAGCACCUGGGCGAGGUCUCUCACCCCUUUGCGUGUCGGAAGCCCAGCUGCCCGAAAUGCUGUAUCAAGUUCCCGCCGUCCACCAAGCAGCAGCAGCAGGACGCGGUCGGAUCGAAACCUGCCGCCGCCAGCUCGCCCAGCAUGACCCCUCAUAAUCCUAGAGGUGACCUCGCUGUGAUUUCGGGAUCGACUUUUUACGCCUCCAGCCCAGCCCACCCUGUUGUCACACAAGGCGUCACCCACUUGUGUGACCAGUGUGCGUUUGCCACCACCGACAUCGACGUGUUGCUGCAGCACUACGAAGGCUGCCACUCUCUGAUCAACCUCAAGGGGGCGCCGCCAAACGUAAAGGCUGAGGAAGAGGCUGGCGGAGACAAAGAAGGGGGGAGAGGAGGAGGAGAGAGGGAGUACUCUUGUACAAAGUGUCAUUUCAUCACAGAGGUGGAAGAAGAGAUUUUUCGACACUACAGGCGGGUCCACGCGUGUUGCCGUUGCCGACGCUGUGACUUCACGGCACCCGAUUCGUCGGCCCUCCUCGACCAUUUUAACUCGGCCCACUGCCACGAAUCCUCUCCCUCUCUAAGCGCAUUGACAACGACCUCCUUACCCUCCUCGCUGACUCCUCCGUUAACGCUCGCGGCCAACGGCUGCUCGGCUCCCUCUACCUUGGCCAUCAAGGAAGAAAGCAAGGGGGACCUUCGCCUCCUCUACUCCCUCGCACCACCUGAGGGACGGUUGGCCGAAGGGGGCAGAGAGGAGGCCGGCAGGGUGGUGAAGAGUGAGGGAGGAGAGGAGAAAGAGAGAGAGCGGGAGAAAGGCUGGGUGCUUGGGGAGACGAGAGGAUUAGGGGAAAGAGGAGGUGAGCAGGCCCACGGCCUACUCUGGGUGCCCAAGGAGCGAAUGGGACCCGAAAGAGAAGUAGAAAGAGGAUCAGGAGGAGGGAGUCCCUCUCUUUUCUCCUCCCCCCUCUCUUUGUCGUUUGUUUCAGCCAAUCACGAGGCCUCGCAGCAGAAAAGAGCCGUGACUUCGCCCAGCAUGGUUUACCUGGGAGACACCAAGUCCUUUUUGGGAGAUACCAAGUCCUUUUUGGGAGAUGCCAGGUUGUAUGGAGCAGGGAGGCCAGGAGGAGCCAUCGCAGGCGGAGGGGAGAAACCGAGCCGGAUGUCUCAGCAGUACACAGGAGGAGGAGGAGGAGGAGGAGGGAGUGGCGGCGGCGGUGGAGGACAGGAGAAGGGAGGAGCUGCUAAAGAGGAGUCCCAGUCCCUUCUACGGCGUCGCAGAGGCAGCGGGGUCUUCUGUGCAAACUGUCUGACCACCAAGACGUCGCUGUGGAGGAAGAACUCGAACGGAGGCUACGUCUGCAACGCGUGCGGUUUAUACCAAAAGCUACACUCGACACCCAGACCUCUAAACAUCAUCAAGCAGAACAACGGUGAACAGAUCAUCCGCCGCCGGACCCGGAAACGCAUCAACCCUGAUCCGCUUUCCUCUGAGACCCCCGCCCCCAAACAACAACGCAUCACCAGCGAGGAGCGGCUGAAUGGGGAGGAGUCGGACAGAAGUUUUGCAUCAAUCAAAAACCAGCAGCCUUCACCUCGCUCGCGCUCACCCCGAUCCACUCAAGCCUUCCUAGCCAAUCAAACAUUGGAGAUCCACCGACGAAUGCCUCCCCUGCUCCUCCCCUCACAUCCCCCCUCCUCAUUGGUAGCCGAGGGCAACGGAGGCGUGGUUGAGGGAGGAACAGUGUCAAAAGGAGACGGCGGUAAAGGAGGAGGAGGGUCAGAAAGAGGCAGCCCGAUUGAAAAGUACAUGCGUCCUGCCAAGCCAUCAAGUUAUUCCCCUCCCGGAUCACCCAUCGAAAAGUACCAGUACCCUCUCUUCUCCUUACCGCUUCCAUUAACCCUUUCGCCGGAUUUGACCCCUGAGUCCGAUUGGCUCAGAUUCUGGACCAAGUAUAAGAUGGCGGCUGCCUCCGGGGUUCCUGGCAGCAUCAGUAAUCUCAGCAGCCCCGGUGGCCUCGGGAAUAACGCUCUUUACCUUAGCGCAAUGGUGGCUCCAGGGCAGCAUCAUCAGCAGAGCUACACGGUGCCUUACUGCGCCUCUCCCUUCUCUCCUCUUCCCCCACCGCCAGCCCCUCCCCACUACCCUCCUCCUCCUCUUCACUCUCAAACCUCAUUGCCGUCGUUAGAGAACGAUGCCCCUUUGGAUCUCGCAAUAAGACAAAGAGAUACAAGUGCUGCAAAUGCACAGCUGUCAACAAACGGUCCAGAGAGGAGAAGGCAAGAGGUGCCGGUAGCUGAAAGGUUAAGAGACAACUGGAAGGGAGAGAGAGAGGAAGAUGAGGAGAGGAUGGAUGAAGGGGGUAGCUCAAAGGAGGAGGUAGGAAGGGAAGAAAAGGAUGAUUUGACAAAAUGUCAGCCAAGUGUCCCGUCGACUCGCGCCAUGGUGCACGCGGCCACGCAAGACGAGCUGACCAACCGCUGCCUCCACUGUGGCAUCUACUUCCUGGACGAGGUCAUGUAUGCCCUGCACAUGAGUUGCCAUGGCGACCAGGGACCAUACCAAUGCGGUUUUUGCCUCCACGUGUGUGUAGAUCGCUAUGAUUUCACCACACACAUACAGCGGGGCUUACACAGGUACUCAGACAAAACGCCGCAUGAGAAAGGUCCCGAGCAAGAUGGCCUCACUCAGGACGUCACACCGAUGUCGGAGCAACAGAAUGUGACGUCGGGGGAAAACGAUAAAGGGGAUCCUAGCGAGGUCGCGGAUGGAAGCGAUGAUGUCGUCGGUGUUUGUCCUGACAACCGAGCAGAUGGAACUACAGGCAACGAGGCCACGGACGAUGAAACAGAAGUUGAAAAGGAAGCCAGAGAGGAUCAUGACAUCACAAACCAGGUGUUGGGAGAUGAGAUGGUGUCAGAAAGUAAUGAUGUCAUCGCAAAACCCAAGGAGGUAACGACUGUUGCUGAAUCUGAAAAUGUAGAUGAAAACACAGAGUAGUUAAUCGGAUGCCUUUGACUCACGCAGACCUUUAUUGAAUGAAUAAGCUGUCGGCCUCCGCGUUCCUGGAGGCUAGCUCACGUCACAGUGGGAACUAAAUGGAACACAUCCUUAUGCUGGAAGCACUCGGCUGUCAAAUGGUCAAAAAUCAUUGCAGGAUCCUGCUCGACCGCUGCAGGGACAGUUGGGAGAAAUAGCCCCCAAUCCUACGUUGAGUGACAGCCACGUGACCGCUGGGUGGCAAGCAUUCAAAGCCGGAGUCCGGGCACGCAGCCGAAAUCACCUUUUUAACAAACAGCCACUUCGUGUGUUUACUGAAUCGGAGGGAAGCUCGAGGUUCGACUGCUCUCAUUUAGGGUGAGUUUUACGGAGCUCAGCACUUGCACAGCCCCCAUACAACAGAGCAAACGAAAUAUGUAGAAGCAAAACACUUAAACUGAACUGGGCUGGUGUGUUAUGCAUCGUGCUAACCUGAUCCCUGAGCUGGUCCGGUGCAUCACCCAGACGGUUUUAUCCUGGUACGACCAGAUGGGAUCUGGGUUAUCACUUCCUUCCUUCCAAGUGUGUUUCAGACUAUUUUAUCGCUGUGCAGAUGGAUCCAAAACCAAAAGUUUAUUUUGACUCUUUGAACCUGGUCAGAGUUGGACCAGUUUAAUCUGCUGGUUUUACCAUGAUACGAAACGAUCAGGUGGUUUCAUUCACUCGUGCCCUUGUUUCUAAAACAACACCGGCUGCAAAGUGGCCCCGACUGUGAGACCGAUUUGGGAUUGAUUUGACCGAGACUUUCUGAACUUCUUGAAGCCAGUUUCAACUGGUGAAACCGGAGGAAUCCGGACCGAAGUGUUCUCUCCAUCCAUUUGGUUCAAACCAAGUGACAUUAUUUUCUACCUUCCUCUGUGCCAUCAUACUAGCUACGUGCCUGGCUGCCUGCCUAACAGAACAUUCAUCUAUUAACCUGCUUAACAUUUAUAAUGAUGAUAAUGGUAAUAAUAAUAAUAAUGAUUAUGAUGUUAUAGGACAAUACAUGCAAUUUGUUACACCCUUUUUCCUAUAUAAUAUGUUAUUUUCUAAGGGCAAAUAAUGCUUCUUUUAUUUGCAGGAAAUGGUACUAUACGGAUUAGUUUAUUUGUGUUUUUUGGUUUUCUUUUGGUCUGGUGUUGCCAUGGAGAGUUGUUACAUCGAUCACGGCCGUCUAACAGAAAUGGUACAGCAAAAGACGGGGGUUGCGUGUAUGUGUGCAUUUGUGUAGUAGCGUUUGUGUGUAAGGAACAAAGGAUGUGUCCGUCCCAAAACCGAGGAUUUAAACAUUAUGAAGGCUUGUGCUCGAUAUAUCUGUACUCAGGGGUCACAAGUGUUGCACACCAACCCGCCUGUUUCAUAGCAUGUGACACCCUUUUUUUUUUUUUUUUUUUUUUUUUUUUUUUUUUUUUACACAAGUACAGCGGUCUAACGGUUUUGGCAUGUUCCAUAACAUUCUUUCUUAUAUGUUCCUAUUGUGUUCUUUAUGUGUCAAUAGGUCAAAAUGGACUUAGUAUGUAACUUUUUUUUCUGUUUGUCUUCACAUGGUUUUAUAGGGAAACUUACCAGACCUAAACGUUCUCAUAAGGAUCAAUUAUUUGCAUUAACUGAAUGAACUUUUGCUCUGUAUUGAGUCUACAGAACUCCUUGCCUACAGCGUUUGACGCAGCCUAUCGUGUAUAUCUGCGAGUGUGAGGUUACCUCUAUGUAGCAUGUUAGCGUCUUAUGAAAUCUGCAGAAUACGUUGCCUUUUUCUAUGGAUGGAAGCUGUUCCACUUUUGACCUUAAUAAUACUGAACAGACACGAGACGUCAUUGUAAAGUUACAUUUUAUAUUUCACUGAAGGGAAAUGACCAUGUUGCUAACUCAUCCCACUUCUCUGCCAUUCGAUACCAAUGUUUGGAUUCUAAAAUGUUCUAAAUUAAGAAAAAGACCUGCCUGAUACCUCUUCACCGUUUGUUUUCAAUAGUCAUGACAGGCAGGUCCUCAGAAAAAAGGAGCAACACAGUGGCCAUCUUGUUUAUUUUUAUAAAGAGAGAAUCACUCCUUCUGCCUUGCUGCCUUAGUUUGCAAAAAAAAAAUGAAAUCACCAAGAGACUCUUUGAAAGAAGUGUUAGUAGGCCAAAAGAAAGACAAGAAGCAAGAAAGAAUGAGAACAAGAUAUUUUUCUAUGCUUAUCCAAGAGACAAGAAUGAAAAAUGUUCCGCCUAGUGCCUGUUAACUUGUACAGUUUUUCUAACAAGUGUAACUUUCUGUGUCUAAAAGUAUUGUCAUCAGUCGGCUGAUGAGACUCACGAGAAGUCUGACUGCUAUAUUUAAUUCCCACGUACCGAUACUAUCAUUAUAAUGCUUGAUUGUCUGCUGUCUGGUUGAUCAAAUACUUAUUAUUUCUAAGUAUUUUCAGCCUAUGGGAAGAUCUGUAUGAGCAUUUAAAAAAUGAAGUUGGUUGCUAUGGUAACUUUCAAUCGCUAGUUAUCUGGAUGUAAUUUUCUGCAUGUAUGUACACGAGUCUGUGGAAAUGCUGAGACACACAGUACGCCUUGGUACCUUUAGUGUGAAAGUUGUUCUGUACUGUGGGUUUAUAUGCAGAUGAAUUAUGACACGCAGUCAAGGUACCAGAAGGCCCAAAUCAUGGUAAAUGUUUCCGUCUGCAUUUUUGUUCUCUAAAGAGUUUGCUUAAAAUCUUUACCAUUCAUGACUCUUCACACCGAUGAAACUAAUUCAAAAAUGAUGAUUAUGUAAAGAGAAUCUGAUUCAAAUGGUGUUCAAUCUAUAGGAAAUAUCUUGUGCCAAUGUGUUUAAGUUUAUUUUAUGUUUUUGGGGCUGCUAGCAUAAUGAAAUCUGUUUACAUUUGAAAAUGUAGCAAAAGAAAAGAAGCAGGAAUGAAGCAGUGCUUCCUUAAAAACCAGAACAAAAGGAAGGGCCGGCGGAGAUGGAUAGAACGGUGCCUUUGAAGAAAAUAUGAGCAGACGGUAGAUAAAGAGUAGCUAACAAAUCUAGGUUAAUGUAUCCAUUUAGCCUUUCCUCUGUUGUCUUGUAUCCGUGUCAUCUAAUUUGACCAAGACUUCUCCAUCUCAUCUUUCCUCAUAUCUGAGCACCUGUUUCUCCAACCGACUGACUCCCUCCUCUCUUCUCCCGAGUAAUGCACGUGGGACGGUAUUUUGGUAAUUCGGUCAUGCUGUUGCUGACUGGCAACAGAUUUACCCCAGAACUGACAACCUUUGUGCUCGUGUUUACCUUGCUGAGUUGCAUCCCACUCAAAUGGGCCGUGGGUUUGUUGAAAGAAAUCUCAGAUACUUGGCGAAACAAAGUUUUCAGAUUUAGGUCAAUUUGUUUGCCAAUGGGACUCAUCUAAGAUACGUAUUCCAAAAAUGUCCUCCUUUAAACAAUGAAACGUCCUUUUGCUAAAGAUUGUAGGGGGAUUUCUAGGAAAAGUAGGGCAAAGAUAUAAAAAAACUGGAUGAACUAUUUAUGUUCAAUCGGAGUGAUUCUGAUGCCAAAAUGUUUUAGUAGUAAUCUUUUGAAACUUUCUAAGUAAAAAGAAAACGGCCUUGAUAGAAGAAAAAAAAUGCUCAAACACACACUUUUCAUAUAGUUGGUGCUCUGCAGAACCGUUUUCUAUCCAGAUGUCUUCUUCAGUGUUUAUGCCAGCUUAGCAUUAACGUCUCCCAAAGGUCAAGGAAGGACACCGCUUAUGUCAACCAUGCGUUUGUUGAUGAUGAGAACAUUUCAGCUGGCUGUGUAUGAAAAUAGACAACAUCAUUGUUUAUACUAAUCCUGCAGUACACACUUAAUAACGCCGGUGUUUUGGGUUUGAUGGUAUUCUACAUCAGCGUUUACAUGGGGGGGAUGGGGAGGUGGGGGGGUUGACAAGUGUUCAUUUUUGUCUUUCUCAGCAUGCGUGGUGGAGAAGCAUGCUGUUGCUUGCACUCCAGUUAUUAUGUUCUCAUUGCAAAGGAACACAGAGACGCACGUUGGCUUGAGUGUACAUUUUGGGGAUGCACAGUAAUAAUCAUGGGAGACAAGGGAGCUACAGGCCAGUUUACUAUUGGUCAGACACACAUGCAUGAACACACAUCGACUAUGUACAUUUAACCAAUAUAUUUUACUAGAAUUUUGUCUCCUUUUAAGUUGUAUGGCUUUGAUAUCAUGUUUUGUUUCUUUAGGUUAUUUUCUUUCUCAUGUGUUUUAUUCCGAACUUAUGUUUUCUGGUUUCAUUUCAUGCGAAAAUGAUAUUUCAACAUUUUUUUUGACCGCCAAGAAAAAGUUUGUUACACAGCUAAACUUGAAGAAUAAUGUUGACGAUGAUGACGAUAAUAAUUAAUAAAAGUAAUAACAAACAUACUGAAAA